GAGAAGCGCCUAUCGUUGCAAUGUUUUCAUGGAUGUUCUGUUUUCAGUAGAAAUGGAUAUUUUUAGCUGGUACAAUUACGCCAGCUGGACUAUGAAAUGGACCAUAUGUCCUCAGCGGGAGAAGAAGCAAUCCAAUUUCCUUUCGUAUACAGGAAUCUACAGUAACUGCCACUCAGGCUAAGUUAAUUUGUAGUAAGAAUAAGUAGGUUGACUCUUUCUUGUAAAGUGGAGUCCCCGCCAUAAUCUUGUGGAUGUUUUGGAGUCAUGCUUCACUGAUGAUUUUUGCAGUUUCGUAAUACAAGACGGGCACAUGUGUAGCAAUUCAUCUCCUGGACUGAGCUAACAGUCGUUUGACCUGAUAACCAUGAUGGCCUUUGGAGCAAGGGCAGUUCUUCUCAACCUGAGAUACACUUUCGGUAAAGCAAGCUCCUUUGCCAGAGUCAGACUUACCCAGAGCUCCGGGACAUGUUUUGUUAAAAGAGGGAGGAUUUUAACCCAGAUACCCAAGGUUACACUGCUAUGUUGGGGUGCAGUGAAUGCAAGUUCAUGUGCAGUUAGGUGCCAGGAAGCCACUCUUCCAUCCCUGAAUGCUGACAGAAAGUCUUUAGCCAAGGUCCAAGUGCACAAAGUUAUAUUUUUCCUUCGCCUCAGCCUCCGUGCAUUAGUUCUAUUCCUCAAAUUUGGCCCCCUUCUCCUUCUCUCCCCCUUGGCUCUGAUGUCCACACGCUGGGCAUCUCGCUGGCUGGACGCUCUGCUGUGGGUGACUGAGAAUUCUGGUCCGGCUUUUAUCAAGCUGGGGCAGUGGGCCAGCACCAGACGUGACAUCUUCUCUCAAGAGUUUUGUGAACGCUUCUCCAGACUCCAUGUCAAGGUACGCCCCCACUCCUGGGCCCACACCAAGCAGUGUCUCCGGAGGGCCUUUGGGGAAGGCUGGAGGAAGGUUUUAGUCUUUGAGAGCAAAGAGCCGGUGGGUUCGGGAUGUGUGGCCCAGGUGUACAGAGGAUGGGCCAAGGCAGACCAGGUGGAGGACCCAGACUUCCAAUUGCUGGUGGAGGAAAUGGAGAGAGAAGACUUGCUAGAAGCCUGGGAGAUCCCUGGUUUUAGAGGAAUGGUCAGGUCUCUGUGGCAGCUCUGGAGGGGGAGUGGUGAGGAGGAGGGCUAUGAAGAGAGAAGCUACCCAGCUGGUCAGCAUGAGGAGUGCAGCGCAGAGAAGGAGCGUCUGAUACCUGUGGCUAUCAAGGUGGUUCAUCCAGGCAUCAGGAGGCAGGUGGAGAUAGACCUGUUGCUGAUGAAAGCAGGCAGUUGGCUUCUGCACUGCCUCCCUGGACUCAAAUGGCUGAGUCUGUAUGAGAUAGUGGAGGAGUUUGAGAAGCUCAUGACCAAACAGAUUGAUCUCCGCUUUGAGGCCAGGAACAUCGAGCAUUUCCGGGAUAAUUUCCGUGAUGUGGAUUAUGUCAAGUUCCCAACUCCCUUACGACCAUUUAUCACCAGGACAAUUUUAGUGGAAACUUUUGAAGAGAGCGAGCCUAUUUCUAACUACCUGAGCUCCGAGAUUCCUCAGGGGGUGAAGCAGAGAAUAGCCAGGAUGGGUGUAGACACCUUGCUGAAAAUGGUCUUUGUGGACAACUUCGUCCACGGGGACCUCCAUCCUGGGAACAUUCUGGUCCAGUGUCGGGGGCCUCUUGCUGAUUCCAGGGACAGUACUGGUAUCACAGGGGAGCCCCAGGGUAAGACCACCCUCACUGACUUGUGGGAUACGGUGGUUGUCAGUGUUAGACCAGACCCAUGUCCUCUCCAGUUGGUGUUGCUGGACGCCGGCAUCGUAGCAAAGCUCAGUGACCAUGACCUUGCUAACUUCAAGGCUGUCUUCACAGCUGUGGUGCUGCGGCAGGGUGAGCGAGUAGCAGAGUUGAUUUUGCAUCAUGCCCGAGCCAAUGAGUGCCAGGACGUGCCACAGUUUAAGAAGGAGAUGGCCCAGUUGGUGGACCAUGCCCUCAGUAAUACCCUCUCUCUGGGAAAGAUCCAAGUGGCCGACUUGCUCUCCAGAGUCUUUGGUCUGCUCAUCAAACACAAGGUGAAGCUGGAGAGUAAUUUUGCCUCAAUUGUGUUUGCCAUCAUGGUGCUGGAGGGUCUGGGCAGGUCACUCGAUCCGAACUUGGACAUCUUGGAUUUGGCCAAACCCCUGCUGCUAAAGAACUAUGCCUCACUGCUCUGAGACAUUCUCACAAACACGCAUGACAGAUCAAGCACACUAUCUGUGCUUGAUCAGCUGUGUUGUGCACUUGUAGGUGCACACACACGUAGUAAAUCCUAUACUGUAUUGUACAUCAAUAGAUACAGUAAAUGUGUAUAUCCUCCUAAUGCCAUGACGAUGGGUUGUCUUCAAGGUUACAAUGCAAGAUUCCACUGUGGAUCACAAGAUCACAGUCUCAUCACUACAUUUCAGCAAUGUUGAUGCCAUAAAUACCUCAGUGAGUUUUACAUUGGUGGGUAUUUCCACAUUCAUCACUGUUACUUUUUGACUUGAAUUUUGUCAUCUUCUGUCUGGUUGAAGUAUGAACAUUUCACCCACUGAAAUGAACUUCAAGGUACCUCUAUCAGAGCCUAAUGAAUGACAGCGUGUACGCUUUACAUGAGGCACCACUUGUAGUUUAUUGAGUGCUAAUGGAUGAGUCAGACACAACGGCAGACACACAGAUUUCAUCAGAGACCAUUUGUAGUGAUUUAAGAUGUAAAACAAAAUACUGCAAAACCCCUAGUUGAUACUUAAAAGCAUAUUUUUACUUUUUAAUGACUAAUAUUGAUCUCAGGAUGUCUAUCACUCCAUCUUUUAUUGCAUCUUAGAUAAUGUCUAAUGAGCCAUAUUUGCUUUAGUGUGAAUCACAAUGUACUGUAACAUUUGUUCUUACACACCACAUUGACAGUGAAGUCUUGUGAAGCUAAAUGUACUCACGACUGACCCAUGUCUAAUAACUUUCCAUCAAAAUAGUGGGAACACUUGAAUGAUACAUAUCAAUAAAAAAGGGACUCAAUGCUAAUUGAAGGUUUUCUUUCCUUUGCUGCUUCUAGUGACCAGUUGUAAAUUUUCUAACCCUUUUAGUGAGGUCGACUGACGCAACUUCAAGGCAGAAAAUUUACUACAUCAAGGGAACGGGAUCCAUUAAUUUACAAUUUUAUUAAAUCUGUCAAUGAAAAACACAGACAAGAGACGCGAAUCUGUCAAUGUCAUCAGGAAGAACAGUCAGCAUGGCUGAAAGAGUGAGAUCAGGAGGUUUUGGUGCAAAAAAACUCAUCACAUACCCUUUAUUGCAAAACUGUUGAUUUUUUUUUCAUCACCAUCAGAGCCCAGACAGAGCAGCACUGUUCAAGUAAGGAGGGAGGGGAGAGGUGACAACUGUGUAAAAAAAUCUUUUCAAUAAUAAUAAUAAUAAUUAUAAUUGAUAAUAAUAAUAGUAAUAAUGACAAAAGAAAUAAAAACAUCUCUAAUAGACAAACACAAUCACCUCAGUAUAAGACGAGAUUCUGUCACAGUCACAACAACCAGAGAAAAGUUGUUUUCUUUUUUUUUUCCUCUUUUUUUAAUGAAUUAAAUAGUUUUUAAAAAUAUCUCACCAUUUACUUAUACUCAUCUUUUUUUUCAUUUAUUGCGAAAAAUAGGCAACUGGACUAAUCGUGAUGAUGCGAGUUUUUGUGUGUCUGUGUGUGUGACAGAGAAACAGAGAUUAAGUGGAGAGAUAUAGUGGAACGUCUUGGAGCGUUGGCACUGAGAGCAGCAGCAGUGUGUGGCGAUGCAGUACUCUCAUUCAGCCACUGGGUGGCACGGUUCAGUCUGAACAUUCCUCCAGGACCAGCUAUGGCGGCCGUUACCUCCCCCCCCCCCUCACUGUACCAGAGGAAGUCAAGUUCUGCCAACAACAGCCUCUGUGUUUUUGGAAUGAUGCUUGUGUGUUGAAACUUUGUCCACGGUCGCUUAUCGGCGUUGCCAGAUCUCAGUUCUAUGUACAAAGGUUUCAAAUCCCUGAAGGACAUCUACAAAGACAAGUGCAACCUCCAUGUGACCAUCCCCUUUCUGGAGAAGCUCAGGGAUCAAAGGGUCCCUCUAAAGGGGAAAAAAGGGGGAAUAGUACCAAUCAAAUCAGGUAAACGUGCCACAGCAGGACUCAACAGAAUUGUUCUGGGGACUAAAAGUCAGGAAUGAUGGCAGAGGACCAAGAUUUAGGAAUGUCAAAAUCUGAAGGGGCAAGGGGUUGUAACACAGUGACCUUCCUCAGAGGGGCACCAAAAUAUCCUAACUUAAUUCUGUCUAACAGAUUGUCCAAAAGAGGGGAUGAAACAGGAAAAAAAAACAGCGAAAUGCACAAAUAAAAUAAUGCAUCCAUCGUCCAUUUGUCAUAUCCGUUCAUGCUGAUCCAUCAGUCUCUCCAUGCAUUUUAAAAAUAGUCUUUAAAGACCAAGCAGUCCUCCUCCAUAUUAAAUGGAUUAUAUUUUUGUUUUUGUUUUUUUUUUUUGCUCAUCCCGGACAUCUAUCUGUCUCUGUCAGAGUGGCAACUGUCAGUGUGGUGCCCCCUGGAGGACUGGCUGCCCUCCAGUUCUCUGUGGUGGCCCCCAGCAGGAGCAUGCAGCUCAUUUAAGGGGGGGAGGAAGUGGGGAACCAAACAGGUAAAGAGAAGUUUUUGGGACUGGAUUCUUGGAAGAAAUGAGGGUGUAAACGUUUAGUCCAAUGUGGGUGCUUCUUCCACAGCAGGGUGAGGGAGGGAAGGCGGGGCUACUGGUCUAGAAAGAGAGGAAAAAAGGGUCUGUGUAGGCAGAUCUUGUGCACAGGCACAUACGCUCAUUCUCUCACACAAUAACACACACACACACACACACACACACACACACAUUUGUCUGUCUUUGAGGCCCUGGCUAUGUAAAAGGUCAUGGAAGAUGGAGCUCUGGGCUGUCUGCGCUGCAGCUGGGUUUCUCGUUGACUUUUUCUUUCACGUCACUGAAAAGAUCAGCAGCUGUCAGUGGCUCCAGACUGGAUCCAAACAAGUUAAACUGAAAAUUUGGAGGAGAUAGGUGGGUAGAUGAAGAGGACUGGCUGACAUCUUGACGGCAGAAGAGAAGAAGACAGCACAUGUCUUUUGGACAGAGCCUGACUUCUCCCUCUUACGGUGUGAGCAGCAUCCAUCCUCAAAUGAUCUGAUUCUUUUUUCGGGAGAUGUUUAGGAAGACACAGCUACUACGUCAAUUUAUCUCCAUAAGCUUGUCUUUACAUUCCUUUUGGGAAGAGAUGGAGGGAGCUGUGUAGGAGUUACACCUAUAGUCAGAUAAGCAUGUAAGGGUGCAUGUGUGAGAUAGGGCAGGAAAGAUGAAGUCUUUCUCAUCUACUCUGACUGUUCCAGCUUCUCUCCGUACUGUUUUUCCACAGGCUGCCACCAGGGGGUGAUGUGUGGGCUAACUGUUGGGGGACAAGGGGAGGAGGAUGUCUGAUCAGAGUUUGUGG